UUUUUGGAUUUUAAUUUUUCAUUAUGAUAAACAAAAUUGUUUCUCAGUGUAUUGAUUUUAAGUUAAAGAACCGUUAUUAUUAAUAUUUUAACCGAUCUGGCAGCUUCAUAGAAAAUAUCAAGCAUUUGCUUGACCGCAGUAUUCAGCAUAGUGUAAAAACGUCUUAAAUUCAAUUGACGACGUUUCUUUAUUUUACCCGUCAUUAAUGUGCUUAAAGACAAACGCCGUUAUAAAAUUUGUGCUGCACAGAUCUCUACCAUAAACGUAAACAUUAGAAUUCAUUAUUAUUGUGUGAUAAAAUCUAAAUAUUUAAAAAAUGUCGGUAACUUUACACACGGAUGUGGGUGACAUUAAAAUUGAACUUUUCUGCGAAGAUUGUCCCAAGGCAUGUGAGAAUUUUUUAGCCCUGUGCGCCAGUGAUUAUUAUAAUGGUUGUGCUUUUAUACGCAACAUUAAGGGAUUCAUUGUGCAGACCGGCGAUCCCACAAAUACAGGAAAAAAUGGUCAUUCCAUAUGGGGUCGCAAAUUCGAAGAUGAAUUUAAAGAAAAUCUAAAACACACUGAUCGCGGCAUGUUAUCUAUGGCAAAUAAUGGACCCAAUGCCAAUGCUAGCCAGUUUUUCAUUACCUAUGCUGCUCAACCAAAUUUAGAUUUGAAAUAUACACUAUUCGGUCGUGUUAUAGAUGGUUUCGAUGCCUUAGAUGAAUUAGAAAAACUACCGGUUAAUCCGAAAACCUAUCGUCCUCAUGUGGAGAAGAAAAUUAAUGGUGUUACAAUACAUGCAAAUCCUAUAGCGGGAUGAUUAUUAAUUAAUAAGCUUUAAAGUUUAGUAGAAUAUUUAUAUUAUUUUUUUUACAAAAAUAAAUGUUAAAAAAAAA